UUGCUGAGUGUAUUCAGACUCGUUUUCUUUCCGCCUCCCUUUUACUGAAUAACUUGGGGAACAUUUGGAAAGGUGGAGAAGACAAGAAGUCAAUAGAUCUGGACCAUUUAAAUGUGGAUUUUCAGGCUGUUUUAACUUUUCUCAUAUUCAUGUGGACUUCUUUAUCACAAUGACAAGCAAGUGGACCCUCCUGAUCUUCACUUUGUUCUUUUCCCUUGUCAUGGGCGAAGUGGAGACAAAAUGUUCUCAUGGGUAUUCAGAGGCUUCUGAAGGCUGCGUUGAUUAUGAUGAAUGUGACAUGAUGCCUGAUAUCUGUGGAAAACAUGCAACUUGUACUAACAUGGAAGGCAGCUACUCCUGCCAGUGUACCGAUGGUUUUGGACCAUCAGGAAAAGUUACAGUUGGAGCACCUAUAACAUGUAAAGAUGUUGAUGAAUGUGACAUGAUGCCUGAUAUCUGUGGAAAACAUGCAACUUGUACUAACAUGGAAGGCAGCUUCUCCUGCCAGUGUACUGAUGGUUUUGAAUCUAAAUCACCUAUAUCACCUGGAUUACCUAUAACAUGUCAAGACAUAAAUGAAUGUAUAACCAACAGCAACAUCUGUGGACCUAAUGCAAGAUGUACCAACACAAUUUCCAAAUAUUACUGCUUCUGUGAAAACGGCUUCAACACCUCUACUGGAGUGAAAACAUUUCAUUAUAGUGACAAUGUAACAUGCAGAGAUAUUGAUGAAUGUCAGCAAGACAACAUUUGUGGUCUGAAUGCAUCAUGUUUAAACACACAAGGCAGUUUUUACUGUGUCUGUAAUUCUGGCUUCAGACUGAAAUCUGGCAAAUCUAACUUCACUGAUGAUUCGGAGCAAUGCCAAGACACAUGUAUGAUUGAUAAGACAAUCUGUGGAAAUGGAACCUGCUACCGUGGAGCCAGUGGACAUUACUGUGCAUGCCAUGCAGGGUUCACUAACUAUGGCAACGUAAAGUCACCCUGCACUGAACUGAACUGUGAUAUGUUCAAAGAUGUGAACAAUCUGAGAGAGACACUUGCCAUUGCACAGGAUUAUUUCAUGCAACUGAAUAAAACCUGUCACAAGCUCACAGAAAGCGAGAAUCCAAAAGAGAUGGAUGGAGAGGACUUACUAAAGGGUCUGAUGUCCACGGUCGAUGAACUCUUGUUCAGUAGAGCUCUUAAUGGAAAAAAGAAAAUCUCCACUUUUCUGGACUUAAUGGAGCAUGCCCUGAGGCUUAUAGGAUCUUUUUUAUCAACCCCAGUAACAAAAAGAUCCUCCAAUUACACAGAAAUGGAGUUGUUGGUAGAAAAAGGGUCAGUCCUGCCAAAAGGAACAAGGACUUUAUCAUCUACACAUGCUCAACUAGACAUUGACUUGGAAGUGGCUGCAGGAGAUCCCUCCCAUUACCCUGGCUUCACAACAGUAUCAUUACUAAGUUAUUCAAACCUGGAAGAAUAUGCAGAUGGCUUCUUUAGUGCGAUGAAACCAGAUGAGAAGCAAAGUUAUAAGAUAAACUCCAAAGUGGUUACUGUCACAGUCAGUAACAGAAACACCAGGCACCUAAAAGAGCCAAUCAUUUUAACUUUGCACCACCUUGAACAGUUAAAUGAAACUUCUCACACCUGUGUGUUCUGGGAUUCUUCGGAGAAUGAGGGGACAUGGUCAUCUCAUGGCUGCAGUGUUGUGGAGUCUAACUUGAAACACACUGUUUGUUCCUGUAACUACCUGAGCAGCUUUGCUGUGCUCAUGGCCCUCUAUGAGGUUGAGAACAAGUUUGCGUUGCAGCUGAUUACCUGGGUGGGCCUAUCCCUUUCAUUAAUUUGUCUGUUCAUCUGCAUCCUGACGUUCUCAUUGAUCCGCUCCAUUCAAGGUCCAAGAACCACCAUCCACCUGCACCUUUGCAUCAGCCUCUUCAUUGCUAUCCUUAUAUUUCUUGCAGGCAUUUCUCAGACGGAGAACAGGGUUGGCUGUGCAGUGGUAGCAGGGAUGCUGCAUUUUUUUUGCCAGGCAGUAUUUUGCUGGAUGUGUCUGGAAGGCAUACAGCUCUUUAGGAUGGUAGUCCUGGUCUUUAACACCAACUUUAAAACCCUCUACAUGAUGGCCGGUGGCUAUGGAGUCCCAGCUGUAAUUGUUGCUAUCUCUGCAUUAGUUAAUGCUAAAGGAUAUGGCACUGAGAAAUAUUGUUGGCUAAACCUGGAAUCCAUUUGGAGUUUCUUUGGCCCUGCCUGUGUCAUCAUCUUUGUGAACAUUUUUUUCUUUCUCAUCACUGUGUGGAAGUUGGCACAGAAGUUUUUAAGUUUGAAUCCAGACCUGGACAGCUUGCAGAAAAUAAAGGACUACACCAUUACUGCAGUGGCUCAGCUCUACAUACUCCUUUACUGCAUACUCCGUGCUAUGUGGAUCUUCAUUUCUUUCCAGUUUGAGAAGGGCACUGUCGCCAUAUCUUACCUGUUCACCAUCUUUGGCAGCCUUCAGGGGGUUACGUUGUUUGUCAUGCACUGUCUAUUUUCUAAACAGGUGAGAGGGGAGUAUGAAAGAAUCCUUUCUCAAAUCUGUGAGCCACACAAGAAAACUUAUUCUGAGGGAUCCAAAAGCACCCAGAACACAAGAGAGUCUCAUGUUUGAGGAGAUGAACCAGAACUGGAGACAAAACUCUGAUUGACUAAAGACUGAUAUUUCAGACGUGGUGUCAUCUUCUGUCCUCUCAUAGCCACUGCACCAACUUGUUGUACUACAACAUUUUGUAAAUAAUGAGCAAGUAUUUGUAUUUUAGAUGUAGGAUUAACUAUUGGAUCUAAAAAAAAAAGUAAAAAACACAUUCCACUGCCAUUAACUUGACGCAUAAUUAAAAUGUAAAGAUGUGCUUUACUUUUUAAAAAAAAAAAACAUAGUUAUUUUAGAACAAAAAAAUCUGGAAAAAAAUUCGUACUUAUUUUUAAUGGAAAUGAUGAAGAUAUUGUGAGGGCCUGUUGUGUCAGGUACCUUUAAUAAUAGUUCUUUGCUGAUGUAGAUCUGUUACAGAUUGUGAACUUGUCUUUAAUUUCAGGCAUCUUUCCAGAAUUUCUAAAAGCAGCUGUAAUCAAGCCUCUGCUAAAAAGGAAAAUCUAGAUGAGUUACAAAUGAGCAACUACAGACUGAUCACAAAUCUUCCUUUUCUAAGUAAGAUAAUCAAAAAAGCAGUUAUUCAUCAACUAAACGACUUAACACAAAACCACUGCUAUGAUGUCUUCCAGUCAGGUUUUAGGCAGCACCACAGCACUGAGACUGCUCUGACCAAAGUCAUUAAUGACAUAUGUUUGAAUGCAAAUGAUGGAAAAAUGUCAGUCUUAGUCUUACUGGACCUCAGUUGAUACAGUCGACCACAAUAUGUUGCUUAAAAGACUGGAGAAGUGGGUGGGCCUCUCUGGCACUGCGCUACACUGGUUUAAAUCUUAUUUAGAGAAUAGAAAGUACUUUGUGUCAAUAGGUAACUUUACAUCUGAGCAGACAAGAAUUACAUGUAGAGUUCAUCAAGGUUCCAUCCUGGGGCCUCUUCUGUUUAACAUCUACGUGCUCCCACUAGCACAGGUCAUAAAGAAGAACAAAAUUAGUUACCAUAGCUACGCAGAAAUGCAUAGAUAUGUAUUACAAUGUCACAAGGAGACUGAGGCCCCUUACAGGCUCUCGGUAAAUGCAUUGAGGAGAUCAAUUAAAUACCUGCAGCUGAUUCAGAACUCUGCUGCUCGAGUCCUCACUAAAACCAAGAAAGUGGACCACAUCAGUCCAGCUCUGAGGUCUUUACACUG